AGUUGUCGGACAUAGAGCAUUGAGGACUCAGUCCUCUUCCACUCCUAUUGUCUAAGCAACUUGAAGCUUGCGAAGCUGCACUCUUACGGCUUACUGCAUUGUAUCUUCGACAAGCCCAACUUAAGGCCCCGGAGUUGAAUAGCCCUGCAUUCUCGGCUGCUGCAGCUUUAAAAUAUCCCAGGCGUCACACUCGAGCUGAUCUCGCACUGACCAAUUGCCAGGGUCUACACAAGAAGGUUUCCGAUUCAAAGGAUCGCAGCUCGAGUUCACAGUACUGAAACUGUCGACGGAAUACCUCACACUGCUGCCAUCAACUGGGCUAAUUCACGAACAAGUUCCAUUCACGUUUCGGUAGUGCUGCUGCAGACACGUCAAGUUCAUCUCCAUCUUCUCCGACUAUCAGAUUUCCAUCCAAAAUGGACUCAAGAUCUGAUGCCAUCAUCUCCGACAACAUGGUCAACAAGGCCCCAAUGAGUCCUUUCAAUGUGGAGGAGUUCAGACAAUCCGCGCAUCAAAUGGUGGAAUUCCUGGCCGAUUAUUACCGUGACAUUGAGUCGUAUCCCGUGCGCAGUCAAGUGGAGCCUGGUUACCUAUACAAGCAAAUUCCAGACACGGCCCCCGAGAGCCCAGAGACACUGGACGAAGUAUUCUCAGAUGUCAAGUCCAAGAUUCUUCCCGGGAUCACACACUGGUUGAGCCCGCAGUUCCACGCUUACUACCCAGCCAGUUUCAGUACUGCCGGUUAUUUGGGAGAGAUGCUCUGUGGUGGACUUAAUGUGAAUGGAUUCAGUUGGAUUGCGUCUCCAGCAGCAACCGAAUUGGAAGUCAUCGUCGUUGAAUGGCUCGGAAAGCUUCUGAACCUCCCCAAGGAGUUCUUGAGCAGCGGAGGUGGUGGUGGUAUCAUCGAGGGAACUGCUUGCGAGGCAGUGUUCGUGUGUAUUUUGGCUGCAAGGAAAAGAUUCGUUGAUAAAUACACCGCAGAGGGUCUGUUGGAGGGAGAAGUGCACAGCAAGCUCGUUGCCUACACGUCGGAUCAGACUCACUCAUGCGUUGCUAAAGCCUGCAAGAUGGCUGGUGUUCAAGGUGACAACUUGCGAAUCCUUCCCACUGAUGCGUCUACAGACUUCGCCCUCAGCCCAGCGGUCCUAUUGCAGGCUAUCGAAAAUGAUAUAGCAGCAGGCUUCAUCCCAUUCUUCGUCUGUGGAACGGUUGGUACUACUUCUUCAUCUGCUGUGGACCCACUACACGCCAUCGGUGACCUCGCUAAGAGCUUCGGGAUGUGGUUCCACAUCGAUGCCGCCUAUGCAGGAAGCGCUUGCAUCUGCCCAGAAUUCAGACCAUUCCUUGACGGUGUCGAGAAGGCCGACUCGUUCUGCCUGAACCCACACAAGUGGCUUCUCAUCAACUUCGACAGCUCCUGCUUGUGGGUCAAGGACCCCAAGGCCUUGGAGUCAGCUCUAUCGACCGACCCAGAGUACCUCAAGAACAAGCACUCGGACGAGAAGAAUGUUAUCGACUUCAGAAACCUUCAGCUUCCUCUGUCCCGAAGAUUCAGGGCCGUCAAGCUGUGGAUGGUGAUGAGAAUGUACGGAGCAAGCGGUCUGCGCACCCACAUCCGAAACGGUGUUCGUAUGGCGAAGCACUUCGAGUCGUUGGUGAAGGCGAACAGGCACUUCGAGAUCGUGACCCCGAGAAAUUUCGCCCUCGUCUGUUUCCGCGUUAAACCUCAGGCCAACGACCCCGACAAUGGAAAGACCAUCAACCAGAAGCUCAUGGACACCAUCAACGCAAACGGGACCGUCUUCUUCACGCACACAGUCAUGGGCGGCGUCUACACUCUGAGGAUGGCCAUUGGUGCGACGAUGACACAACCAAUCCACGUUACUGACACCUGGGCUAUUAUCACCACCGAGGCCAAUCGCCUGCUGGGUUUGGACUCCGAGAUGUGCUUCAACUCCGACUCCGGGGCCGAGAUGUGCUCCUCCUCCGAUAAUGAAAGCGUCGACUCCGACUGCGAGAGUACCCCAGUGCUAAAUCUUUCCGACAGCGAGGAGCAACCGCUGGGAGCUGGAGCCCUGGCAGCCGCCAUGAGGCCACUCGUAGCUCUGAGCGCGUCCAAUUCUUUCCAGGAAAGAACGGAGUGCAUCGCCGUUGCUUGAUUCUUUUGGGUUCGAUUUUACAGAUUAACAGUUUGACAGUUCAUGGACUCGCUGCAGCAGCUGGCAUGGUUUUGUAUCGAGCAUGCACAGCCACUUGGGAUCAAUUUUCUCGUACUCCUCCACAGCUGACGCUGGAAUCAAUUGGAGCGCGGCUGGCCCACAUAGGAUAUACAUUAGAAACGUAAACUAGUCUAUAGAAUAGCACUUCUGUCACGCACCACCAUUUAGCAUUCCACCUCAAAAUAAAUUUUAUCGAUCCAUUGGCACGAGCAGAGUCGCUCUCUGCUCGUAGCAAAAUAUCUAGAGUAGGUUGGUGUUAGAGCUUUGUAAUCAGGAUAUUGGAUUUUUCAUGGUGGCAAAGUGACGUCGAAUAAAAAGCGCCGUGCUGAUCAGUGCAAGCUGCGAUCAGCCCUGCUUCAUCCUAGGUAGAGGUAAGCAGUAAGCGAUGCUUACACGAGAAUUACUACUGUUGAGGCUUUAAGUAGGCAAUUAGGCUCAGUACUUAGAUUCUAGUCUACCGGAUGUACUUCGGUUCGAAAAAUUCUUUCAUACGUAAUGUAAAACUAUAUCAUUCCCA